CUGACAUGUAGUGUCAAACAUAUGACAUAACACUUAUAUUGUUUAUUUCUUUGACCCAAUAAAUAAUUUAUAAUUAAACAAUGGAAAGUAAUCCAUAUAAAUUACUAAUUGCUGCAACAGGGAGUGUAGCCGCAUUAAAAAUACCAGUUUUAGUAAAGUCUUUGAUAGAUUUAAAUGAUACUGAAAGUGCAUGCACUUUUGAGGUCCGUCUUAUAGUUACAGAGCAUGCAAAACAUUUCUUCGAUGCAUCGGAACUACCACCAAAAGUGAUUAUGUUUGAUGACAACUCUGAAUGGCAGGCAUGGAAUCAAAGAGGAGACCCAGUUGUUCACAUUGAGCUAGGAAAGUGGGCAGACUUAAUGGUUAUUGCGCCUCUAGAUGCUAACACAUUGGCGAAAAUGUCACAGGGAAUCUGUGAUAAUUUAUUAACCUGUACUACUCGAGCGUGGGACCUGUCAAAACCUUUAAUUUUUUGCCCAGCUAUGAACACUAGGAUGUGGCAACAUCCAGUUACUUCUAAACAGAUAGCCAUGUUGAAAGAAUGGGGUCACGAAGAGAUACCACCAAUAGAGAAAACUUUAAUAUGUGGCGACACUGGAGUUGGGGCCAUGGCUGAAGUUGCCACUAUUGUGGAGAGAAUAAAAGAACAUGCGUAUAAAAGAAAAUGACAAAAAUAAAUUCCUUAGCUUUUCUUAAACAAAGUAUUGCCUACAAUUGAUAUAUAAAUUUAAUACGGUAAGUCCACCUGUGUACAUUGGCAUUAUAACCAGGUAUCUUUAUUAAAAGAUAAUAAAUAAAAGCAUUUACAUAAAUAAAUUUAGAAUCAAUUAAAUUGCGAUAAAAUAUAGAAUAGAUUAAAGAAUCCUGUACUGUAUACUUUAUUUGUUAAUUAGGAAGUUCUGUCAGUUAGUAAAUCCUCAAUCAUAAGUCUAUUGAAGAAUGUAAUUAUUUGUAGAUUUGUCAUAUAUGAUUAGAGAUCUUUAUAUAAUUGUAAUAGUAUUUCUUAUUCUAGACUCACACAUUAUUUAUUUACUAUCUGUGUAGAUUUUGUUUAUUUUCAUUGUGUAGGUUUAAGAAUGUAACUAAAAUGUGAUAAUAAUAUUAUAAUUUACAUACAACGAUUAUAAAUUUGUAAAUUAAAAGACAUCAUAAAUGUAUAUUGUUUAUUGCAUCACUGAAUACUGUUUCUAACACUAGCGUACAUGCAAUAUGAACAAAACUAUUAAAAUCAAUUAAAAACUCUCAUAUUGUAUACAUCACAUACAAAUAACUAUACAAAAAACAUUACUAUAAACUUCUACCAAACUUAAAGGCAUCUUCCCAAAUACAGAACAAUGUUCAUAUUUCACACAAUGUUCAAAGGCAAAGGACAUUAUGUUAUCUUUAUGGAGAUUCCUGUUAGUGGGAAUUACAUUUUAAGUUGUUUACCUAUUCUGAAGUACUAAAGAUACUCUGAUAAAAAAUAAUGGGUUUAAAUUUUUAACUCAUGUCAUCA